AUGCGGCGCCUCACCCCGCGGCUGCGUGGAGCCUGCAGUGAGCUGUGGAAAGGGCUGACGCAGAUGUACGACGACUACGUGCUCUGGCAGGACCGCAGAGACGACGCCCGGUGCGCCGCUUCCGCCGAGGCGAGCGCGGAUGGGAGUGGCGGCGUCGUCGUCGUCAUCGAUCGCCGCAUGCGCGAGAACGCGAACGCCUGCCCGCGGAGUGUUCUUGUGAUUCCUGCCGACGGUAUCGCAGACGCGUGUCGAAGACACCGGCGCAGCGGGGCCACCGCGGAUGCCGUGGUGUUUGACUUAACGUGCUGCAAGGGACGUGGAGGGGAGGCGCGCGACGGCAUCUUGCGUUUCUUGCAGACGGAGGAACCGGGUGAAAACCGGGGCGAGGAGAAGCGUGAGGAGGGGGCGUGCCCGCGCGCCGCAGAGCGGGGCCGCUACCUGAUUCGUGUCAACUCCCCUGAGUUGGACCCCGUAAACGGGUUUCUGGACCUGGAGUUGGCCGCUUUGCUGGGCGACCGCAUUGAGGGCGUUCUCCUGCCCGCGGUGACGGUCGACACUUACUCGCUCGCUGAGGCGUACAUUCACCCCAGCCACCGUCUGUGGGCCUCCUUUGACACCCCGCUCUCCGUCGUGCAGGCGCCAGAGAUUUGCCGCCAGGGCCACUACCACUACGCCGUGGUGGGCCCAAGGCGGCUUGCCGUGGAGCUCCAGCUGCCAAUGGGCAAAGUCGCGUGCGGUGAGGCCUCUAGCGGCGACGUGGACAGUGACACUGCCCAGCAUCUUGCCCUGCUUGGUUCGCUGCCUUUGCUGCACUGCAGCCUCCAGGUGUUACUUGCGGCCAGGGCCUUUAAGAUGCACGUCUUGGACGGCGCCUUUGACGACGCCUCGGACACCGCCGGAUUUCGCCGUGACGUCCACCUCGCCCGCUCGCUUGGGUUUGACGGCAAGCUGGUCGUGCACCCCGCGCAACUCGCCCCCUGCCACGCAGCAUUUGCCCCCACAGAGGAGGAAGUGGCGUGGGCGAGGCGAGUGCAGCAGAGAGUGGCGCGGCGUGGCACCACGGAGGAGGCUGUAGGGAAGCGUGAGGCGACGCAGUGGCGACGUGCCGCAUCUGUGCUCGAGCGGCAGGAGGAGGCAGCGCUUCCCGCAGCGGCCCCGGCUCAUCGAAGCGGCGGCGGCAGAGCCAAGUAG